CAGGAGGAGGGUUCGCUUCCCUCCGUCGGUCCGUCCGAGGGAGGAAGCUGCGGCGCUUCUCCUCCAGUCCCGCUGGGCAGUGGAUGGGGAGAUGCGGCUCCUAGCCUUGGCCCUGGCGUUCCUGGCGGCUCGGGCUCCGGUCCCGGAUGUUUGUGAAGCCCUCAAUGUAACAGUCUCACCAGGACCAAUUGUCCAAUAUGCAGAGGGAGAAAAUGCAACCCUUUUUUGUCAUGUUUCUCAGAAAAGAAGGAAGGACAAUUUACUGGCCAUUCGUUGGCUCUUUGCACUAUCUCCAUCACAGGAGAAGCUAAUGAUUAAAAUGACGAGACUGAGGAUGGUUCAGUACUAUGGAAAUUAUAGUCGCAGUUUCAACCGUCAAAGACUCCGCCUCCUAGAAGAAAAGUAUGGGAGACUAUACAGCCUCUCUGUUUUAAACCUUCAACCAGCAGAUCAAGGGAGGUACAUAUGCAAAGUCCACGAAGUUGGAAAGCACAGGAGUAAGUGGACCACUUGGUCAAAUGGUACGGCAGCUACAGAAAUCAGAGUGAUUUCUCUCAAAGCAUCAGAUGAUUCCACUUUUGAGAAAAAGAAAGAGACCUGGGCAUUUUUUGAAGAUCUCUACAUGUAUGCUGUCCUUGUAUGCUGCAUCGGGAUCCUCAGCGUCCUUCUCUUCACGCUGAUCAUUCUCUGCCAGUCUCUGCUUAACAAGAGGAAAUCCAGAGUGAAACAUUAUUUGGUGAAAUGCCCCCAGAACAGCUCAGGAGAGACAGUCACCAGUGUGACAAGCUUGUCACCUCUCCAACCAAAAAAGAUCAAGAAGAGGAAAGAGAAGCCUGAUGUCCCUCCUGCAGUUCCUGCCAAAGCUCCGAUAGCUAAUGCAUUCCACAAACCAAAGUUGCUGAAACCACAAAGAAAAGUUAUCCUGGCAACUUCCCUGUACAAACAAGAUUCCCUAGAGAUACACCAUAUGCAGCCAAAAAUCACGGAGGAAAGCUUAACAUAUGCUGAACUGGAGCUGAUUAAACCCCACCAGGCAUCCAAGGGCCUCCCCACCAGCACCGUCUAUGCCCAGAUCCUCUUUGAGGAGAACAAACUGUAAACCUGCCUCCCAGCAUCGGCCUUCCAGGGCUUUUCUCAAUGUCCUAUUUAAUACUCAUCAGGCCCAUUAUUUAUGAAACCUCAGAAACAAAGUCCUUAUUUUUUUUAUUUUUUGCUUUUACACUUCUGUGUUGUGGUAGGGCCUUUUCCCCAGGAGCUUCUCCAUUCCUUAAAGGAGGCACAGAAUUUGUUCCUGACAAAGCGACAGGAGCCCCAGUCCUCAGGCUCCUCUGGGAAUGCAUGGCAGAUUUGUCAAUUUUCUUCUUCCUUCCUUCCUUCCUUCCUUCCUUCCUUCCUUCCUUCCUUCCUUCCUUCCUUCCUUCCUUCCUUCCUUCUUCUUUCCUUCCUUCCUUCUUUCUUUUUUCCUUCCUUCCUUCCUUCCUUCCUUCCUUCCUUCCUUCCUUCCUUCCUUCCUUCCUUCCUUCCUUCCUUCCUUUUUUUUCCUUUCUUUCCCUUUUCUGGGCUUCCACACCUUAUGUGACUUACUUCUCAAACUCUGGGAGCAACAGAGAAGAUACUUCUGCUGAGCCAGACCCCCUGAAUUCUUCCUCUUUCACAGGACUUUGUUUUAAACCUAGAGAAUGUAUUUUUUACUCUUCCUGUACUGAUGUUAUCAAACCUAUAACAUAUAGCUAGAGGAAAUGCUAUUAUAGAGCAAAGUGUAUGAUGGUAGCUAUGUCAUAAUUGGUUUUCAAAGGACCAGAAUCACAUGGAUAGAACACCUAGAAGUUAAAAAUCUGUUUUGUAAGCAUCUUUUUGUUUUGACUGCUUACUAAUUAAUUACAAGACCACAAGGACUCUAGUGGAUAAACCCCUGGGCUGGGGUAGGUUUCAUUCCCAAACUGACUGUGAACUUUGGCUUUUCUUGGUGCUUCCAUUUUUCUGUACACAGAAUGGAGAUGAAGUGGCAUGUUAUAGCAGAUAGAAAGCAGGUUUUGGAGUCAGGAAGAUCUGAAUUCAAGUCUUCAUCAGAUGUGUACUAGCUAGCUUUGUGAUCUUGGGUGAAUCACUUUAACUUCUGAAUGCCCCCAGGUAACUCUCAAAGACUGUAAGUUACAGGGGAGUCACUGAUAUGCAUUGGUGGAGAUAAUUUUCAGACCUGGAGAUCCCUACACUGAUGGAAUCAUAGUUUUGGAUACUCCCUACCCUAAUCACAAUCCAUGAUAUUGUAAGGCCAAGUGAGAUAAUGUUGGCUGAGAAAGUCCAUGUGAGUAUACAGUGAUUAUUUAUUAGCUAUAACCCCCAACAUAAGUCAUCACUGCCAUUUUCUCUGACACUUUGGGGCACUUUUCCCUUUGUAGCUGUGGAGCACAGUCAACAUUGAUUGGUGAUAUAAACUGAAAUACUGUAUUAUGUAAAGUUCCUCUGACCAUCUCCCCUAAUCAAAAGGACAAGAUGUUGGACCCCCACCCCCAGCCUAGCUGUCUUAGAGAAUAUUUCAUCGAGUGCUAAAGGGAUAUCUGGACCUGACACAGAGGUCCCUCUUUGCACAGAACGAAGAACAUGGACCUGUGACUUGCCAAUCAGAUGCAAGAUUUACACAGGAAAAGGAUCCCUUUGCAUAAACUGAAUUCCUAAUGUGAUCUUUUUCUGAAGCUUUUGUUUGUGGUGAGGGAUUGUUCAAAGAACAUCGUGCAAGUUUGGGGGUGGGGGCUACGUCAUGGAACAUGUAUAUAAUGUAAAUAAUAUAUUUUAA